CUCGGUCGGCAGGGAUGUCCAUCCACGAUGACGUCAUGCAGGCGCUUGUGCACCUGACCCUGACGUAUGCAGAACAAUUGGCUCGGGAUGUGCAGUUGUUUGCACGCCAUGCCAAGAGGAAGAGAGUGGAACCUGAUGACAUCAUUCUCUCAG